AUGAGCUCCCUCAAAUUCCUCACCUCCUCCCUGGAGGCCAUCGCGGCUUCCAAGGAGGCCCAGAGGAACAAGCAACUCACCGAAUCCCUCCAAAAGACCCUCGCCGCCAUCAAGGAGAGCGAGCCCAAUUUCCCGGACCCAGAGAUUGUCUUUGCUCCGUUGCAGCUGGCAACAAGGACAGGCAACGUCCAGCUCGCCACCAGUGCACUCGACUGCAUCGGCAAACUCAUAUCAUAUUCCUACUUCACCGUCCCGAGCGCACCCGACGGCCAGCAAGAUGCUCCAGCCGACCGAGCUCCCCUCAUUGAGCGCGCCAUCGAUACCAUCUGCGAUUGUUUCCAAGGCGAGACGACCGCCGUCGAGGUCCAGCUGCAGAUCGUCAAGUCGCUGUUGGCCGCCGUCCUCAAUGACAAGAUUGUCGUGCACGGCGCCGGUCUCCUGAAGGCCGUUCGUCAAGUAUACAAUGUCUUCCUGCUCUCGCGGAGCACUGCGAACCAGCAGAUGGCGCAGGGCACCCUCACCCAGAUGGUUGGCACCGUGUUUGAGCGCGUUAAGACCCGCUUACACAUGAAGGAGGCCCGCCUCAACCUGGACAAGCUGAAGCACAGCUCGAGCAACGUCACCUUUGAGCAGACCGAAUUCGCCAAUGGCGCAGCCGUUGCUGGUGAGGGCGACGAAGAGAGAGAGGACUCCCCGGCCCCAGACGGUGCUGAGCAAGAGCCCGCCAGCAACGCAGAGAAUGGCAAUGGGAAGCUGACCCUGAAGGACCUCGAGCACCGCAAGAGCUUCGACGAUUCCCACUUGGGCGACGGUCCCACCAUGGUCACAGAGAUCAAGCCCGGAAGGAAAGCAGCCCGAUCCGUGUCCGAGCAGUCCUCUCCUGAAUCGACCGUUGACGACAACGCCGACGACCUGGAUGCGGAGGACGAGGUGUACAUCAAAGACGCGUACCUGGUCUUCAGAUCAUUCUGCAAUCUCUCAACCAAGGUCUUGCCGCCCGACCAGCUAUACGAUCCUCGCGGCCAACCGAUGCGCUCAAAGCUCAUUUCCCUCCACCUUAUUCACACACUGCUCAAUAACAACAUUGCCGUCUUCACUUCUCCAAUCUGUACCAUUACCAACUCCAAGAGCAACGAGCCUACGACCUUUCUUCAAGCGAUCAAGUUCUAUUUGUGCCUCAGUAUAACGCGGAACGGAGCCAGUUCUGUCGACAGAGUGUUUGACGUGUGCUGCGAGAUCUUCUGGCUCAUGCUAAAGUACAUGCGGGAGUCUUUCAAGCUGGAAAUUGCAGUCUUCCUCAACGAGAUCUACUUGGCAUUGCUGGCCAGGAGGACAGCUCCAAUUACCCAGAAGGUGUACGUGGUGAACGUUUUAAACAGAUUCUGCGCAGAUUCACGGGCCCUGGUUGAGACAUACCUGAACUACGAUUGCGAGAGGAGCGUGGACAACAUCUUCCAGACCAUUAUCGAGGACUUGUCCAAGUUCUCAACAGCUGCAGUGCCGGUGACACCCGCCCAGGAGCAACAGUAUGAGGAGAAGAGCUCAAAGAACGCGAACGGAGGUGAUUGGCAACUGCGGCCCAUCCUGCCACCACCGCUCUCGGUUGCGCAAAUCGCACCUCAAACCGAACCCGAACCUGAGAUUCCCAAGGAGUAUGUGAUGAAGCGGGUCGCCUUGGAUGCUCUCGUGGACUCGCUGAGGUCAAUGGUCGACUGGUCUGCUGCGGUACGACCUGAUGCGAAUGGGGUCAGGCCGGAUGGUGAUACCAGAAACUCCGAAGAUCUGCGGCCCUCAAUUGACCCUAGCAUGAGCGACAACCCGUCGCGCUUCGAAACACCCCUACCGUCAACACCUGUCUUGGAAGACGACCCUGCAUUCCUGGAGAAGGCGAAAGCGCGGAAGACAGCCAUGAACAACGCGAUCAAGCAGUUCAACUUCAAGCCCAAGAGAGGAGUGAAGCUCCUUGUUCAAGAUGGCUUUAUCCCAAGCGACAACCCGGCGGAUAUUGCCAAAUUCCUGCUCACCGAGGACCGCCUCGACAAGGCUCAGAUCGGUGAGUUCUUGGGUGAGGGUGAUCCCAAGAAUAUUGAGAUCAUGCACGCCUUCGUCGACUCCAUGGACUUUACUAAGAAACGAUUCGUCGACGCACUACGUACCUUUCUCCAGUCAUUCCGCCUGCCAGGAGAGGCACAGAAGAUUGAUCGCUUCAUGCUGAAGUUUGCCGAACGUUACGUGAUGGGUAACCCCAACGCGUUCGCCAACGCCGACACCGCCUAUGUUUUGGCGUACUCUGUGAUCAUGCUCAACACCGACUUGCACAGCAGCAAGAUCGCUAAGCGCAUGAGCAAGGAGGAGUUCAUCAAGAACAACCGCGGCAUCAACGACAACGCGGACUUGCCCGAUGAGUACCUCCUAGGAAUCUAUGACGAAAUCGCCAGCAAUGAAAUCGUGUUGAAGAGUGAGCGCGAAGCUGCUGCGGCCGCUGGAGCUGUCCCGCCACCAUCUACCGGCAUCGCUGCUGGUCUUGGUCAGGCGCUUUCCAACAUGGGCCGCGACCUCCAGAGAGAGGCCUAUCUGCAACAGUCUGAGGAGAUUGCGCUCCGAUCAGAGCAGCUGUUCAAGACUCUCUACAAGAACCAACGCAAGAAUGCGCAACGAUCGGGUGUCAAGUUCAUACCCGCUACCUCUUUUCAACACAUCGGGCCCAUGUUUGAUGUCACAUGGAUGUCGUACUUUUCUGCACUGUCAAGCCAGAUGCAGAAGACCCAGAACCUUGAGAUCAACAAGCUAUGCCUGGAGGGCAUGAAGUUGGCAACCAAGAUUGCCUGCGUUUUUGACCUGUCGACCCCCCGGGAAGCAUUCGUAUCCGCAUUGAAGAACACUACGAACCUCAACAACCCGCAGGAGAUGUUGGCCAAGAACGUGGAGGCACUCAAAGUCAUCCUGGAACUAGGCCAGACGGAGGGCAAUGUGCUACGUUCGUCUUGGAAGGAUGUUCUCAUGUGCAUUAGUCAGCUGGACCGACUGCAGCUCAUCACCGGUGGUGUCGACGAGAGUGUUGUCCCUGAUGUGUCCAAGGCACGCUUUAUGCCGCCUCAGAGAGAGAACACCAGCGACUCUCGCUCAUCGACACAAUCCAAACGCCGAAGGAGCCAGCCACGACCGGGAGCUGGACCCCAAGGCUUCUCUAGCGAGAUUGCAUUGGAGAGUCGAUCCGACGAAGUCAUCAAGGCAGUUGACAGGAUAUUCACAAACACGGGCAACCUCAACGGAGAGGCCAUCGUCCACUUCGCUCGGGCUUUGACGGAAGUCAGCUGGGAUGAAAUCAAGGUGUCUGGGUCGAACGACUCCCCACGUACCUACAGCCUGCAGAAGAUUGUCGAGAUCGCCUACUACAACAUGACGCGUGUGCGUUUCGAGUGGAGCAAUAUCUGGGAUGUUAUGGGCGACCACUUCAACCGUGUUGGUUGCCACAACAACAUCACCAUCGUAUUCUUCGCCUUGGACUCUCUCCGCCAACUCUCCAUGCGUUUCAUGGAACUCGAGGAGCUGGCUGGUUUCAAAUUCCAAAAGGACUUUUUGAAACCAUUCGAACAUGUUCUAGCCAACUCCACAAACAUUGCUGUCAAGGAUAUGGUGCUGAGAUGCUUGAUCCAAAUGAUUCAAGCCAGGGGCGAUAACAUCCGCUCGGGCUGGAGAACAAUGUUUGGUGUGUUCACCGUGGCUGCCCGUGAGACCAACGAAAGCAUUGUGAGCCUUGCCUAUGAGAAUGUCACACAGGUUUACAGGACCAAGUUUGGAGUGGUCAUUUCACAAGGAGCCUUCACCGACUUGAUCGUUUGUCUCACCGAGUUCUCAAAGAACAUGAAGUUCCAAAAGAAGAGUCUCCAAGCGCUGGAGUCGCUCAAGUCCAUUAUACCUCGCAUGCUUAAAACACCAGAAUGUCCUUUGUCUCAAAAAGGACAGUCAGCAACCGGCGAUAUCCACACUUCAGCAGCAGACACACUGCAAAGAUCCCAGAACCGCACGUCAGUGGAAGAAGGCUAUUGGUUCCCAGUCCUGUUUGCCUUCCAUGACGUGUUGAUGACUGGCGAGGAUCUCGAGGUCCGAUCCAACGCCCUCGAGUACUUCUUCGACGCCUUGCUGAAAUAUGGAGGCGAGUUCCCACCCGAUUUCUGGGACAUUCUCUGGCGCCAGCAGCUGUACCCCAUCUUCAUGGUGCUGCGGUCCAGGCCUGACCUCAACAACGCGCUGAACCAUGAGGAGCUAUCUGUUUGGCUUUCCACCACCAUGAUCCAAGCCCUCCGAAACAUGAUCACGUUGUUCACACACUACUUUGAAGCGUUGGAGUACAUGCUGGACCGGUUCCUGGAGUUGCUAGCUCUUUGUAUUUGCCAAGAGAACGACACCAUCUCCAGAAUUGGCAGCAACUGCUUGCAGCAGCUCAUCCUGAAGAACGUCGCGAAAUUUUCGCAUGAGCACUGGACGAAGAUUGUUGGUGCCUUCUGCGAACUAUUCGCUCGUACGACAGCUCAUCAGCUCUUCUCCGCCACUACCAUCAACUCAACAGCUUCAAUCGAUCUGCCCCCGAACGGCCUCGAGUUCGCCGGUCCUCUCAGCCCCACCGCUGAUACCACCCCGGUCGACGAGGAGUCAUUGAAGAUUAACGGCUCUGAGAAGAACGGCGACGACGCUGACACGAACUCAGUGACAGCGCAGGUCGGCACGGUAGAAGAAGACGACCUCAAGACCCCGACAGCAGCGGCUCCACCCCAAGCCCAAGCGCCAUUGGAGGAGUUCAAGCCCUCAUCAAACCUUCAGCAACAGCCCGUGGUCGUUACAGCCGCCCGCCGGCGCUACUUCAAUCGUAUCAUCUCACGAUGCGUUCUUCAGCUGCUGAUGAUCGAGACGGUGAACGAGCUCUUCAGCAAUGACACCGUCUACUCCCAGAUCCCCACGGCGGAACUCCUCAAGCUCAUGGGACUGCUUAAGAAGUCUUACCUGUUUGCCAGGAAGUUCAACGCCGACAAGGAGCUGCGGAUGCGCCUCUGGCGCGAGGGUUUCAUGAAGCAAGCCCCGAAUCUGCUCAAGCAGGAGAGUGGUGCCGCCGCUACUUACGUCGCCAUCCUCUUUCGCAUGUAUGCAGACGACAGCGACGAGCGCGCUUCGGCGCGCGAUGCGAUCGAGCAGGCCCUGAUUCCCCUGUGCAAGAGCAUCAUCAAGGACUUUGUCGCGCUCGAGGAAGACAGCCAGCACCGCAAUAUCGUCGCCUGGCGCCCUGUCGUUGUCGACGUUCUUGAGGGGUACGCCGCCUUCCCCGUGACCUCGUUUUCUAAGAACAUUAAGGAGUUCUACCCGAUGGUCGUGGAGCUUCUCGGCAAGGACCUCACGUCGGACCUGCGCACCGCGCUGCUCCUGGUGCUCCGCCGCGUCGGCGAGGUCGGUUUGGGUAUUGAGGGGAUGACCAAGGUGGACGUGGACCGCAGGGACAGCAUCCUGAGCCACGCGACGGACGUGGACGGGCCCGAGGGAGACGCGUCGGCCAGGAUGAGGCGUUGA